AUGGCCGAAUCCUUCACCCUGCCUUUGCGCCCCAUCCCUGAGAAGCGUGAUCGUCCAGAUACCUUGCCUGUGGAGAUCGCGCAAAUCAACAAUCAGUGGGGCUCAUUUCGUGAAGUGAAUGAAGAUGUCCUUCGAAACAAGAUUGCCGAGGAGGAAGAAAAAGAUGGCAUGGGGGAGGUAGAGGAGAGUGACCAAGAUGCGACCGAUCUUGACUCGACGGAGCGCUUGGAGCAACUGUACAAGCGGCGUGCCGAGAUCACUCAGUUUGCCAUGCAAGCCCACAUGGAAACCAUGUUCGCCCUCGACUUCGUCUCCCUUUUGCUCUCCAAGCAGGCCCCACGUCAGGCCGAAACCUCCAUGUCGGCCUUCCUCAAGCAAGUCGCACCCCUUGGUUCGCUCAAUGCUGAGGUUGUGCACCCUCCCGCAAAGCCGGACUCGACAACCAAAGAUGUAUCAGCAGUAUCGAGAGGAUGGCGGAUCCAAAAUUUCAACGCGGCGGCAAACAAGCUUCUACAGGCCGCCUCUAGACUUGAAACUGAAGUUGCGUCGGAGACUCGAUAUUGGAAUGAGGUGCUCGCUGUUAAGGACAAGGAUGGAAAGCAAUCGCUAGGCGUACAAUAUGGGUUCCUUGAAGCGACACCUGUUUUCCGCGACCGCGGCCUUGCCUCCUUACGCCGAGCUGAGGAUGGGGCUCUGUCGUUAGAUGAAGGGUUGAUCCCUCCCAAAGCCCGUUUUGUCCGGGUACGGGUGAUACAGGAUGGUCAGCUUUCGGGAAGUUCUAAACCGAUGCGUUCCUCCUUCAACGGUGACGGGACGAUUGAGGAUCGCAUUCUACAAGCUCGCGAUACUGUUUAUGAAGAUGAGCUAUUCCACGAGCUAGUCCGAGAAGCCCGAGCGAUCGCGAGCUUUGGCGUGACGACACGUCAGAAUCUCAUUCAAAUUCCCGCUUCCGAUAACCUUGAAAUUUUACUGGACUUGGUUGAUACUGAUGAAGAUACCUCCGAACCCGAACAUGGUAUCUCACAGCAAGGAACUUCUAUUGCAGAGGGGUUGGCACAUACGAUCCGGAUAUUAUUGGCGUAUGCCCACCGUCAAAACUUGCGUCGCCGGACUCAACUUCCAUUACCACUGACCCCGAAAACGCGACCUGUUCCUGAGCACCAACUUAUUCGGCCAGCUUUAGCUUACAUCAAGCACAUGUCUCAAGUACGCUGGCUUCAGUCAUUACUGGAAAAUCUCUUCGGUGUUUUGCAAUCGGCAGCCGUGGAGAAUCUUGUUGGACAGUUCCUUACCCCCUUUGUGUCUAUGUUCAAUGGGAAAAUUUUGACCCCUCGGGGUUCUUUCUCAAUCGCGAUUCACACCAACCUCUCCUCACCACCCUUCGGCACCACCUUCGAGGUGUCAUUCAAUAUGCCCAAGUACCCGGACCUUGAGUCUCCUGGUAAAAUUUCUCACAGGGAAGAAGUGGAAGCCGCCAUCACCCAUCUCUUAUUGCUUGAUGUUGUUUUCACUAUCUCAUCCAACAGUUCACUAAAGCCCGAGUGUGACAAGGACCCGGCGAAACGCACCUGGGAAGCGAUUUACCCUCAACAUGGCGAACUUCUGAUCCCUACUCCCAAACCCAACUCAGAAAAGCGAAAGAAGAUGAAGAUUGUUCUUUCCCGUCAUGAACUGUCUCUCGAGAUCUACACCGUGCGCUGUAUCGACGGAACAGGGCGCGGGAAUUGGGAAAUGCCCUCUUACCAUGCAAUGCCGCAUACUUGGAAACCAUCUCCUACUGCUGGACCACCCAAACCGCCCUCUUUGAUGGACUUCGUGUCCAAGGUGUCACGUUCGUGA